UAUCUCCUCAUUAUAGCAGCAGCAGCAGCAGCAGCAAACACCACCGCCAUCACCAGAAUCAGUACCACGAACACAAACACCUCCAUCCGCGCCAGCAGUAACACCGCCAUCAUCACCACCGAAAUCCCUAUCAGCACCACCGCCUCCCCUUCUCCGUCGAAAUCUUUUAUCUCUUCUCAUUAUUUUUCUUUCUUUCUUCUCCAUUGAAAUCACUUUUUUUUUAUCUUCAUCGAUGUGGAUAGAUUUCGAAUGUUUUGUACUCAAUUUCGUAUUUAGAGUUUAUGGUUUUGAUUUGAUCGAAUAUUUAAUCAUCAAAUAUCCUGUAGCCCUAAAUUCUAAAUUGGGUGAAAUAAUUGAAUUACUUCCACAUCGAUUGCUUUACAGAGGAACACCAUCAGAACCACCAUAACCAGAUCCACCAACAAUACCAGCACCACCGUUCAGUUCAGGUUCAAAAAGUAGGCAGUUCAAAGGAGAAGAUGCUUGCCAAUUUCAUUCUUCAAGUAACAAUAAGUAUGACGAAAAGUUACUUCGAUGUUUUGGGAUUAUGUUGCACCUCAGAAGUGCCACUAGUAGAAAGGAUACUAAACCCCAUGAAUGGGGUAGAAAAGAUUCUGGUCAAUGUUACUACGAAGACCGUCAUUGUGUUUCACGAUGACCUCAUAACUACAAAAAACCAAAUUGUUAUUGCACUGAAUCAGGCAGGGCUAGAGGCUAAUGUUCGAGUCUAUGGGGAAGAAAAGAAGGGAAUUAGAUGGCCUAAGUGGUACACCAUUGGAUGUGGUUUAUUAUUUAUAGUGUCAUUGUUUCAAUAUAUCUAUGAACCAUUAAAAUGGUUAUCUCUAGCAGCAGCAAUCUUUGGGCUAUCACCUAUUGUGGCCAGAUCCUACCGUUUGGCGAGAAAUAUGACCAUAGACAUCCACAGUCUUAUGCUAAUUGCAGUUGUGGGAACAGCGGCAAUCCAAGACUUCAUGGAAGCAGGUUCGAUAGUCUUUCUAUUCACCAUUGCGGAGUGGCUCGAAUCUAUAGCCAGUUACAAGGCUGCUGCCGCAGUGUCCACUUUGCUGAGCUUGGCUCCACAGAAAGCAGUUUUAGCCGAGAAUGGAGACAUUGUGGAUUCCAAAAACGUUGAACUUAACACUAUUCUUGCUGUAAAAGAGGGAGAAAUUAUUCCAAUUGAUGGAAUAGUUGUUGAAGGGAGAUGUGAAGUGGAUGAAAAAUCUUUAACAGGAGAACCAUUUCCAGUAACCAAAGAAAUGGAUUCCAAAGUAUUAGCCGGAACAAUUAACCUUAACGGUUAUAUAAGUGUAAAAACAACAGCAUUAGCUGAUGAUUGUGCAGUGGCUAAAAUGUCUAAGCUUGUAGAAGAGGCACAAAACACCCAAUCGAAAACGCAACUUAUCAUCGACAAUGUUGCUAGAUAUUACACCCCAGCUCAUUAUUUUCCCUUGUAUGCCAUUAUAUUGUUUUUUGCAGGGGUGAUACUGCUUUCAAUCCUCUUAACAAUAAUUCCGGCAGCCCUGAAGGUACACAACUUCAAGCACUGGUUUCACCUUGCAUUGGUUGUGCUUGUCGCUGCCUGUCCAUGUGCGCUUAUACUUUCAACUCCUGUUGCAACAUUUUGUACGCUGAGCAAGGCAGCAACAGAUGGUGGCCUAAUAAUCAAGGGAGGUGACUGCCUGGAGAUUUUGGCUAAAGUCAAGGUCCUUGCCUUAGAUAAAACAGGAACAUUAACUAGAGGAGCAUUUUCCAUGACAGGCUUCCAAUCAGUCUCCCAAGACGUUAGCCUGGACAAUUUAAUAUACUGGGUUGCAAGCAUUGAAAGCAAGUCUAGUCAUCCAAUGUCUGCUGCACUGGUGGAUUUCGGGUCUUCAAACUCCAUCCAACCUCAACCCGAAAACGUGACAGAAUAUCAAAAUUUUCCUGGCGAAGGCAUUUCUGGAGAAAUUGAUGGGAAAAAAAUUUAUAUUGGAAACAAGAGAAUGGCUACUAGAGUAGGAUGUGAAAUUGUUUCAGAUCUUGAAAGAGAUGGAGAAACAAUUGGAUAUGUUUUCUUAGAGGACAUUCAGAUAGGCACAUUCAGUGUGGCUGAUACAUGUCGAACUGGAGUUGCAGAAGCGAUCCAGCAGUUGAAGGAUUUGGGACUUAAAACUGCAAUGCUUACAGGAGAUGGUUAUUCUGCCGCAAUGAGGGUCCAAGAUCAGCUAGGGGAGCAGGCUUUAGAUUACAUCUACGCAGAUCUUCUUCCAGAAGAGAAGGUCAACGUCAUAAAAGAGCUUAAACAACAAGGGCCAACAGCGAUGAUUGGUGACGGGGUAAACGAUGCACCUGCAUCAGCAACUGCUGAUAUUGGUAUCGCGAUGGGAAUUGGAGGUUCUGCUUUGGCUGCAGAGACGAGCCACCUAACACUAAUGUCGAACGACAUUGGAAAAAUACCUCUAGCUAUUCGACUUGCUAGACGGACUAGAAUAACAAUAAUUGUAAAUGUGGGUUUGUCCAUUGUUACCAAGUGCGCUGUGCUUGCAUUAGCAGUGGCUGGUUACCCUCGUUUAUGGGCCGCAGUUCUCGCUGACGUAGGAACAUGUUUGUUUGUGAUAUUCAUUAGCAUGUUACUGUUGCGGGGAACGCCUGGCACCCAUACAAUAGAUAGUCGGGAAGAUCACACACAUGGUCAUUGUCAUGGCAGGGAAGGUUCAUGCUGCUCAGAAGCUCAUCAAGAAAACCCAACUGGAAGAUAAAGCAUUGUAUUUUUAUUUUUUUAUUAUUUUCAGGAAUUCAGUUAUUUAAAUUUAAAAUCAUGUCGAAGAACCUUUUCAGUUUUACAACCAAUCUCCAUUCAUCAA